AUGUCGUGUCCUCAGCCUGAGCCACGGUCGCCCGUUCGCGACCUCCCAACGGAGACGGUGGUUGAAAUCGCAGAAGUGGUCUACCAGCAUUCCCGCAUGCAGGGAUCAGCCACGAUUUGCACUUGUCACCCAGGCGUCAGCAAGGAUCUUAUCAGUUGUUCUCUCGUUUCACGGCAGUUCAGCGCAGUCUUCCAGCCGUUGGUUUUCAGGACGAUAAACCUCCACUACCAUUAUCCGGGCACCUAUGGAUCCAAUCGACCCGUCCAGAUUUUACUCGAAAGACUCUCAACCUUGUUGGAUGCACGUCCGGAGAUUGGUGGUUGGAUUCAGGAACUGCACAUUGCAGUUGACACGCGAGAUACCGAUGGAAUGCUGGAGGAAACGACCCAGCGUUAUGGGUUUUGUUUGGAUGUAUUGGCCAAGGCUACCGCCCUGACAAGCUAUGGGUUCAUCGGGUCACCUCUACCGUGGUGGGGAGCCCUGCCUCGGGAGAUCCGAGGAGCGUUACAGCGGGUUUUCCAGAUGAAGACGUUGCAGAAACUCGAGAUUGGGGCAGGAAUGAUACCCCCUCGCGUGCUUCUAGAGUCGAUUUCGUCCGUCCGGGAUUUGGUGUUGCAUGAUUGUGGGGGCGUUCGGGUAGGAAGUGGUAUUGUCACGGAAACCCUGGACUCGGAGGAGCCGGUAGAAUCUUCGCAGGUUACAACACUUUGCACCUUGCGCUUUCGCAACGAUUUGGACAGUCUCUUGACUUACGUUCGUGAUACGCCCGAAGCGUUCGCGAAUUUGAGAGGAUUGACGUUCACCGUUGGGCCUGGUGCCCUAGGGUUUGGUUUGGACAAGAUCCAGGAAAUCUUGGACUGUGUUGGAAGGAGGUUGGAGAAUCUUGACGUUACCUUUGAUGAAGUCGAAUGGCACGGGCCGGGAUUCAGUAAUGGCUAUUGCCUUGACCUUUCGAAAAUGACGAACCUGCGCGAGAUGAAGAUGCACUGUGUUGCAUAUGUGCGCUACGAGUCUCGAAGCGAGCAGGAUAUCCACGAAGUCAUGUUCGUCGAAACGCUCGCAUCUCUUCGCAGUUGUCACGACCUGGAGCAUCUGGAAGCAAAGAUUGGAUGGAGUUGGCCAGUGAAUGGGAUGAAUGCGGCGGGGAAGAUUAAAAUGGUCUCUGAACGGAUUCCAAAGUUUAUUCGACGGCUGGAUAAGGUUUUGGGGGAGUUGGUAGACGGAGAGAAGUAUAAAAGGAUGGAGGGGAUCCAGUUGUCUGUUGAGCCUUGGACUCCUGCCCGGAGAUGGGUGGAGAGGCGGCCUGAAUCACAGCCUUUGAUUGAUAGGUUAGCUACUAACCCGUUGAAGGAGUGA